AAUGAGCACGACAUCUCAAUGAAUAUGCAAAUGAGCACAUAGUCGCCACAGAGCCACAGAACCAAUGAACGCGCGUCGUGGAGAAAGGCGUUUGUUCCUGCCUUCAUUUCCCACAAUGCAUCAUUUCUAACGCGGAAGCGCUUUCUGUAUACACAAAAACCUUCUGGGGUGCACCCGGGACAGAGAAAACAAAUUUCUGGUCGUCUUUUAAACUAAAAAUAAAAUCCCCUUCGAGAUAUUUUCCUCGAAAGUAUCCGUCUAGAACCUUUCUUUCUUUCUUUCUUUCUUCUUCUUUUUUAUUUUAUUAUUUUUUUUUUUUUCCCGCUUUGACAUGGUACUCGAAGAUUUAUUUGCACGUCUUAACGAAGCUGGCUAUAAGAACUGGCUAAAAGCUGGUUACUGCCUCCUGAAAGUUAAAGAUGGAUUGUGCGGAUUUGCAGACAGUGAAAUGCGAUAUUUUCACAACACAGUCAUCCAAAACAACUUCGUCUUACAAAGAAGACAGAGGUGCAGAAGCAGCUGUAGACCGAGGGGAAAUCAGUUUGAGUCUGCUUGUCCUCUCUGUAAUGAGUGGAGGAAGGAAAUAUUGAGACAUCACACAAAACCAUCUGGUGUUAUUAACUGGGGAAACUGCAGGCCCUGGCUGUGGCCUGGUCAACACUGGGAACUGGCGAAGGCUUUCAUGCCACGAGGGCUGGCAGAUUUAUCCAGAGCAGACCAAUGUGAUGCAGCAGCACUGCUUAACCUCCUUCACUUCUGUGACCAUUUCAGCUUCAUCAACCAGAGUCUCAUUACAGAGGUCAUACGCUGUAGGAAUGAAUUAAUGCACUCGUGUGAGAUGCAGGUCUCAAAUGAGUGGAUGGCACGCUUUCAGAAGAGCCUGGAGCAGUUGUUACUAACUCUACGCCACGUCCCUGAAGUGGCUGCAGCAGGUCAACAGAUCCAGGAGAUGUUGUCUGUUGAUCUGUCAUUGCACAUCCCUGGGGUGGACAGUGUGGAUGGAGCCAAAAUGGAUGGAGUAUUGAUUGAAUCUAUCAGCCAGUGCGAGACAGAUUUGCUCAGGGAAUCUCUGAGAGACCUAUUAAACAACAGUGAACUCGAGGGGAAUCACAUAACUCUGGCGAAACUGCAGAACGUCCAUAGAUUCCUGAGCAGCCACAAGGAUCUCGAAGAGCAGUUCAGGACAGAACUUCAGAGCCUUCGGGUCCUGGAGGCACAACAGCUGCAAGGGGUAAAGCCUGACAAUGCAGAAAGAGGACUGUGAUACGGAGAAGACAGAAGGAAAAGGACAAAACUUAUUGCAGGGUUCAAUACAUGUAAAUGGAAAUUCUUAUUGUAUAUUACAGGAAUAUUAGCAGUAAGGUCAUUAAUUCAGGUUUUUCACAAGCUGGUCAUUCCAUGUCAUUUGCAAUGGUACGCAUUACCACACAUGACUUUAUGGUUUAAGCUAUUAUUCAUAGAUUAUUCACAAUUGCAUAGUAGUAUGCAAUUGUGUGCAAAUCAAAGCCAAUAAAUUGUAAUAAAGUGCUAUACAGGACAUUUGUUAGAACGGAAGGAGUUCAACAAUAUAUGAAUGUUCUCACAUGCCUCAUGUUUACAUAACCCCAGAUACAAUACAAAAAGAAAAGAAAAUAGGUUGUUGUAACUGCUUUGUAAGACAAUAGAAUACACUAACCUUCGUGCUUCACAAGAAUUCCUCAGUGCUUUGAGAGUUUCAUGAAAUGGUCUUGUUCAGCAAAAUAUCUGUCAGUGACCUGGGCAAAUAUACAGCAGGAUAACGCAUAACAUCACAUCACCACUACUAUUGUCACAUUUGAAUGAAUUCAUCUUGCAUGAUUUAUAAAAUAAAAGGUCCUCACAGCCUGGGCAAAGCCGUAUUUAACAGUUAGUACCAUGGACGCAAGCCCGAGCAAUAACGUCAAUGAAUGCAAGCCAUCUCCUUUUUAACCAACUUACAGUUAGAAAAUGCACACAUUCAUACAGCCAAAGACACAUUUACUAUCCAUGCUUGCUGAUAUGAUUUAUCUCACUCAACAAUGGCAACUUUGGCAAGGUGAUAUUUACAGUGUUGGAUGCGGGAUAUUUCAGAUUCUAGAGAGCAUUUUAUUGGACGGAAAUUCUGAUGAGAAGCUGAAUUGCAGAACGAUGUCAUCAAAAUUGUUGAACCCUAUUGGUGGUAGAGAGAGACUGUAACUUAGAAAAAAAUUCAUACAACUUUGAUUUCAUGGGGACUUUAAAGGGGAAGUUCACCUUAUUUCAUAUUUGAGCAGUUCUAAAUAUUUAUUCAGCAAUUUCUAGUCACCUCAGAGAGUUUUAUGUCACUUGCUUAAAUAAGUUGUUAAAACUAAUUAAAAUAAAGCAGAAACCACGCCUAUCCACUUUUGGCACUAUUACCGUCAAAUGUCUGAAAGCCACGGCUCUAAAUUUAAAGUGUGACUAGACUAACCGGUUUAACUGAAUGAGCGCCUGACUGAACUGUAGUGACAGUUGGCCCCUGUCGGCCACCAUACUACUAUAUCAUUAUAAAAACACCCAGCAUUGAAGAGUGGGAAGUGUGACUAUCUGGCCACCCUAGGCGUUAUUUAUCUCUGUUGGAUGACACGGUGGCUGCGUCCGAAAUCGCAUACUGUGACAGUACCUACUGCAUUUGAUUCAGUACCUAAUGUAUUUGAUUCAGCACCUACUGCAUUUGAUUCAGUACCUAAUGUAUUUGAUUCAGUAGCUACUGCAUUUGAUUCAGCACCUUCUGCAUUUGAUUCGGUACCUAAUGUAUUUAAUUCAGCACCUACUGCAUUUGAUUCAGUACCUAAUGUAUUUGAUUCAGUACCUACUGCAUUUGAUUCAGUACCUAAUGCAUUUGAUUCAGCACCUACUGCAUUUGAUUCAGUACCUACUGCAUUUGAUUCAGCACCUACUGCAUUUGAUUCAGUACCUAAUAUAUUUGAUUCAGCACCUACUGCAUUUGAUUCAGUACCUAAUGUAUUUGAUUCAGUACCUAAUGUAUUUGAUUCAGCGCCUACUGCAUUUGAUUCAGUACCUAAUGUAUUUGAUUCAGCACCUACUGCUCGGCCGUUGAUACAGUCGUACUGCUCAGUAUAAGUGGUAAGCAUGAAUACAAUCCGGACAUACUACAUGGCACCACGAAGUAAAAUGGGCGUUUCUGGAGGUGUGGCGAAGACGCCCCUUACAAAAAAAAAUUCCAGGUCACCGAACAUGUGCAGAACAGUUUUUUUUGUUUGUUUUUUGUUUAUUUGCGCAGGCAUCAGUGAUCACUGCUGUAAGAUGAAGGACAACAGUCCUAUCAGUAACUAUUUUUUCAAUUUUUUUUUUUUUUUAAUCCUGUAAAUGCUGAAUGAACUGGUUCUUCAAACUGUCAACUUUGCUCUUUCUGUGUAAAUAAAGUUGAGUAUGAAAACGUGGAUAAUUAUGAGUUUAAUUAUUAAAUUAUUAUUUUUUUAUAAUGGGGGCAACAGCAAUGGAAACGAUACAGAAGUUAAAAAUAACAGGCUUCACUGCAGAUUUUAGUCCUGCAUGUUAGGACACGUGAUAGACUUGAUGUAAAGUCAGUAAAGACUUUUUAGUUCAUUUAAGUGAGACAAGCAUUUCAUAACAAUAGUAUUUUUCAAUCAUGAACCCCCUGUGAUCACAGACAGAUAUCUGAAGUUACAGCAGAAUUCAUGCAAAACGGGGAUUUGGGC